GUGCGGCCCUCUUCACUGCCUAUGGCGCGUCUGCGGCAUCAUUCCUUCCUCACGACGCGGGUGUGAUAGCUGCUUCUACCCGUCAUUCCAGGCGUCUGAUGUUAAAAGGAAAAAGAUUAGUGAAAUACGUCGCCGUCUUGCAUCCCACGAAGUACGACGGGCAAGUGAUCGGCGACAAAGCGGCUUCGGGGAGAGUUAUUGUGAAGGCAGUGAGGUACUCUUCAACAAACUACGCUAUUUUUAUAAAGGUGGCUAUCUUCGACAUAAAGUCGGGAGGAAAGAUUCCAGUGGACUGCGCCGAUGGCGAUGAACUCGGAGCGCGCAGCACUCCUCUGCAUGCUGCUAUGUGCGGCACUCUUCACUGCCCAUGGCGCGUUUGCCUCAUCGUUCCUCCCACGCGACGCUGGAGCGAUUGCUGCGUCUGCCACUUCUGCCACCUCUACUCUUCACCCCAGGCGUCAGCUGUUAAAAGGAAUGAUAAUAGCGAGAUUCGGCGCCGUCUUGCGUCCCACGUGGCACCAGGGGAAAGUGAUCGGCGACAGAGCGGCUUCGGGGAGAAUUGUUGUCAAGGCAGUCAGGUACUCUGA